AUGUAUUUCGUCAAAGGACACUGCAAGCACGGUGGUAAGAGCGGCGUUCUGCUGCGCCCAAACGCUGCGGGACCGAACCCCAGAAGAGGCCCGAAUGCACAGAACCGGAGACCGUCGAGCGGUUUUAACGCAGGCAGAGGACAGGGGGCUCAGAGGCCUCCACAAAACAACACAGAGAAAACGGAGAUCUGCAUGUAUUUCGUCAAAGGACACUGCAAGCACGGUGGCUCGUGUUGGAAGGAGCAUUCCACUCUGCCCUAUAAAUGGGAAGUUAAGGAAGGAUCCGAAUGGAAGGCUCUUCCUGACAACGAAGCCAUCGAGAAAGAUUACUGCGAUGCUGCAAGAACAUACAGCUCUGGAAUGAACCCGGUUUAUUUCGAUACGAUGACCCAAGGCUGUUACAGCGUGCGGCGUCUGUCGACGGUACCGUCGGUGCUCCAGCCCACCUUCAUCCUGACCACCGAGUGGAUCUGGUACUGGGAGGACGAGUACGGAAACUGGAUCCAGUAUGCCACAGCGGACGGGGGUCAUGGAUUGUCCUCCAUCUCCAGUGCUGAACUCGAGCAGAAGUUCCAGGCCGAUAGCAACGCCGUGGUGGAGUUCACCGCCGGAUCGCAGACGUACGAGCUCAGCUUCACAGAUAUGAUCCAGACAAACAAACGCUACACAACCAAAAAAAUCAUCAGACGUCGUCCCAAAUUUGUGUCAGCGGCUGAUGUUCGAACAAUCAAGACAACUAAAAGGACGCCCAACAAUUUCAAGGCUCUGCCGGAGCACUGGGAUAAAGCCCUGACUCCUGAGACCGGAUACAAGAGUGUGUCGCUGCAGAGCACGUCAGCCGAACACAUCAAAAUCAAAGAACUGUUCAGUCGCACCAUGUUCGGCUUCCGAAUCCUGAAGAUCCAGAGGAUCCAGAACAAAGCAUUAUGGGAAGUUUAUCAGUGGCAGAAGGACUUCAUGAAAAAGAACAACGGAGGCAGAGACGUGACCGAGAAGCAGCUCUUCCACGGCACCGACAGCACGCAUUUAGAUGCCAUCUGCCACAACAACUUCGACUGGAGGAUCUGUGGGACUCACGGCACGGCCUACGGAAAAGGUAGUUACUUUGCCAGGGAUGCCAAAUACUCGCACGGCUACACCAAAGACUCAGGCACUCGUUCCAUGUUCGUGUGCCGCAUUCUGGUUGGCAGCUACACCAAAGGUGAAUCCAGCUACCUCCGGCCUCCGUCCAAAGACGGAGGAGACACCGUCUUCUACGACAGCUGUGUGAAUGACGUCUUCGAUCCGUCCAUAUUUGUGGUGUUUGAAAAGCACCAGAUCUACCCCGAGUAUCUCAUCGAGUACAGAGACGUCGGUGGCUUUGAUUCACCGAGCCGUCCUGCGGUGGCAAAUCCAGCAGUGGCAGUGAGGAGCCGUGUAGCUGUUCCUGUAGUCACUCGCCAUAUUCCCUCCACAAAUGCAUCUUCUUCAUACUCCUCCUCCUCAAACAACCCCUUCUAUAAACCCUCCUCGGCGGCUCGGCGGCAUUAUACAGCCUCGUACAUUUCAUCCUCAAGCGCCUCCUCCUCCUCCUCCUCGCGUAGUUACUUUGCCAGGGAUGCCAAAUACUCGCACGGCUACACCAAAGACUCAGGCACUCGUUCCAUGUUCGUGUGCCGCAUUCUGGUUGGCAGCUACACCAAAGGUGAAUCCAGCUACCUCCGGCCUCCGUCCAAAGACGGAGGAGACACCGUCUUCUACGACAGCUGUGUGAAUGACGUCUUCGAUCCGUCCAUAUUUGUGGUGUUUGAAAAGCACCAGAUCUACCCCGAGUAUCUCAUCGAGUACAGAGACGUCGGUGGCUUUGAUUCACCGAGCCGUCCUGCGGUGGCAAAUCCAGCAGUGGCAGUGAGGAGCCGUGUAGCUGUUCCUGUAGUCACUCGCCAUAUUCCCUCCACAAAUGCAUCUUCUUCAUACUCCUCCUCCUCAAACAACCCCUUCUAUAAACCCUCCUCGGCGGCAUCAUCUUCAUAUACAGCCUCGUACAUUUCAUCCUCAAGCGCCUCCUCCUCCUCCUCCUCGCUGUCUCUGCUGCACUUCCUGUCUCAGCUGAGGACAUUUCCACUGCACUUCCUGUCUCAGCUAAAAGUGUCUCUGCUGCACUUCCUGUCUCAGCUGAGGACAUUUCCACUGCACUUCCUGUCUCAGCUAAAGGUGUCUCUGCUGCACUUCCUGUCUCCAUGUCCACACUGA